AUGAAAGUAGCCGUCGUGGGCGGUGGGGUCGUCGGUUUAACGACGAGCUUAUUAUUGCGUCGGGAAUUACGUAACGCCGAAGUGACAGUUCUAGCUUCGGAUUUCGAUGAUACCGUCAGCCACGUGGCCGCGGGAAUUUUCAGAGUCGGCGCUUCGUAUUCCGGCCCUACCGAGCGGAUAACAAGACAAUGGAUAAGAGAUUCGUACGAAUAUUACGAUAACAUUCGCAAGUCAGAGGAAGCCUCUCACGCGGGCGUCAUUGACAUUGCCGGCUACAUGUUCGCUAAUUCAUCCCCGAGCACCGUCGAGAAUCACUGGAUCGAGGACCUGGUGCCGAUCUACAGAAGAGCGACGGAGGAGGAACUGCGGCUGGUCGGCGGCGAUUGGAAAUACGGAUCGUAUUUCUCGACUCUCCUCACGCAGUGCAGCUUGUAUCUCCCAUGGGCUAGACAGCAAUUGCAAGCGGACGGCGUCACGCUGCGACGAAGGAAGCUGCGCUCUCUCGACGAGCUGGCCGGCGAGUUCGACCUGGUGAUGAACUGCAGCGGACUUGGCGCGCGCGAAUUGUGCAAUGACAAACGCAUGGUCUCUCUGCGAGGUCAAGUGAUCAAGGUGAAGGCACCGUGGAUCAAGACGUUCUUCUACGGAGAGCUCGACACUUACGUCAUACCAGGUUGCCACAGCGUCGUCACUCUGGGCGGGUCGCGCAGCUUCGACUCCGAAAACACGAGACUGUGUCGGCACGAGUCCGCGGCGAUUCGCGAGAGAUGCGACGCGCUGGUGCCGUCGUUGCGGCACGCCGAGACUGUGCGACAGGAGGUCGGCCUCCGGCCGCACCGGGAAGGCAACGUUCGAGUGGAAGCUGAUUUUAUGCGCGAUGGUCGCUCCAACCGAGUGAUCGUGGUGCACAAUUACGGACACGGCGGCUACGGGGUCUGCACAGCACCCGGCACCGCCAUGUACGCCCUCCGGUUGGCUGUGGACGCUCACAAGUCUUCCACCGCCAAGCUGUAAACCGGCUACGUUUCUCGCUCGAUAUGAAAAACAUUUCUUUCUGCAAAUUCAUCUUUUAUUAACCGAAUUUACAUUACGAAAGAGUUGUCAGAGAACGAUCUAAUACUGCGGCGGUUUCCGUCUGCUUGUCGAAAUGCACUUACAAUUCAGGACUUGCACAGGCCCAUUGUCACGAGUAAGAUACACUUCUUUACCGAUAAAUAAAGGUCGCUGUUUAUUAGCGAAGAGAGAUAGAGAGAGAAAGAGAGAGGUAUACAAUUCUCUCCGCCAUCGCAAACUAUGUAUGUUCCUUUCGAGACGAAAUAAUUCUAAUAGUUCAUCAGACUUUACGAGAGUUACACUUCCUCGUUAUUUCGUUAAAGUAAACAUUGUCGUGUUAAGCGCACCGCGUGCUGCCUAUCCGGCUGGUUACCUCGCGAGAUG